UGUCAUCCUUUGUGACUCUCACAAUAUUGCGAAGGUCAAGAGUGUUAGAAGAAGCAAAAUUUUGCAUAUUCUCAAGCCUCAUGGUUCUAUACCACCUAAUUAAGAAGGCAGUUGCGAUUAGGAAGUGUCUGGAGAGGAAUAAGAAAGAUAAGGAUUCCAAGUUUAGGUUGAUUCUUGUCGAGAGUAGGAUCCAUAAGCUCACCCUGCUACUACAACAAGAC